CUUCUUGCCCUGGAAUUAAUGUCUCAAAAUAGUCGUAUUACCCUUCCUCCAUGGGCUGUCGGCCCACAGGUUAGCCCUUGGAUCACCUUCUCAAAGAAUGUUGUUUGGACCUCGGAACUAGGCCGCUACAAACGACGCAUGUCUCCCAUGCACAUCAUCCGCGCCCUGCAAUCCGCCACGUUACGUUAUUCUCUUCCCCUUUCCUUUUUUGGGGCCAAAAUUCAUUUUCCAUUUACCUAACCUUUUUCUUGACAUUAUUUUCUUCACCUUCCUGAGGCUUCCUUUUUCCUCGAAUUUUCACUCUCUCCAAAGUCCAAACACCCCAGAGGGAGAAAAAAAAUAAAAAAUGGCAGGUCCACAUAGGAUUGGACAUGCAGUUACCCAGGGGCCUAAUGUGGUGAAAGAGAUCAUUUAUGGGAUAACUCUGGGUCUAAUUGCUGGAGGAUUAUGGAAGAUCCAUCAUUGGAAUAACCAAAGGAGAACUAAGGAAUUCUAUGAUCUGCUAGAGAAGGGUGAGAUCAGCACUGUGGUUGAGGGGGAGUAGAAAAUCAUCAAUUUUCAUUUCCCAACAUUUUAAAGAAUAGAUAGAUAGAUAGAUAGAUAGAUAGAUAGAGGGCUACCAUUAGAGACCCAUGUCCAAGUUGUCUCAAUCUAUAUAUAUUCUAAAUCAAUUAACAUGUUAGAACUGUUUUCUACUUAGCCAUGGAAUGGAUGAAGCUACCAAACAUUCUUGGCUUUUCCUUCUGUUGAUGGCAAAUUUUGCUUUGUACUAUAUUAAUGCUCAAUAGUUAGAGAAACCGUAGCUCUCCCUAUCAAUGAAUUAAAGGCUGGCUG